UAAAAUAUUAUGUGUAAAAAUAUAAUAAAUACAUGAAGUAAAAGAAUAAAAAAAGAAAAGACAGGGCAGACAUUACUGUUCAAUAAGAAAGACUAUCAAGCACCCUGCUUUAUACCACCAAACAUAAUCCUCUAUAUACUUUGUUACUACAUAAAGGCUAACUUUUUAUGAGAACCUUUGAAAGAGGAAGAGCUCCGAGAAUUUGAAUUGUGUGGUCCCACCUCAGCACAGUACAUCCAUAUGUCGGUAUGAAGAAAAAUUAUCAGAUGAAAUCCAUCUUCAAUAGCGUCAGUCCUUGCAUCAAAAGGCGUUAGUGACUUAAUUAAAAUAACUUGAAAAUUGCAAUCGAUAGUUUGAAUACACUGCAUGGAUACAUACCGACGAACAUAAGAUAUGAAUAAGUAGUUUGAGAAAAUGAAUAUCGGUCGAUUGUUAUAGAUGGAUUUACCGCUAAAACCCUUCUUUCACAACCGCAUAAACUUAAUACAUAAGCGAUUUCAUAACUUUCAAGAGAAAGACCGUAUUAGAAGCUUUAAGUUCGGGCUCUUAAAUUUCGUUUUAUAGAAUGAAAAAUCUCUUUGUUUUAACACUCGUUUUGAUGAUUCAUUUUUUCUAUUCGUAUGAGAGCUAAAUUGCAUUUAAGUGUCAAUUUAUUUUAUAAAAUGAAACAUUGAUAAUAUUGGCAUAAACGAACUUGUAACGAACUAAAUCCACAUUACAGAAGCAUUCAUAGUUGAAAGUUUUGAUUUAUUCGGAUCAUUAAUAAAUUCAAAGAAGUCCCUUUAGACUGGCGUACAAAGUCCAAGCUCGAAGAUUGGUAAAACAUGAUCAUUUCUAAAGCGGCAAAUAAUAACGAAGAGCGAUCUGCUUACAAUAACAGGAUGCUUGAAAGAUCAUUCUUUGGAUGACAACACAUUUUUACACUUAAUAAGUGUUGAGUUAUGUAAUUGCCGUAGUGAAUUUGGCAUAUCCGUCCAUGCUUUCAUAUAGGAGAUGAGGAAAGUGACUUCAACAAAAUAACGACUCAACAAAUAGAUACGUUUCCCCGUGUGCGGUUUAGAUAAAUAAGAGAGCGUUCAAUUUGUCGCGAUACGGCAAAAGGUUAUCGUAUAGAAUAAGCUUUAUUGCAUACUAUAUACUCACACACAUAAAUGUUUUAUAACUUUGCAGUCCAUUUAAAAGAUAAUUUCUCAGAAAAAGUUUAUUGGUUAGCGAAGCAAAUGGAAUAGCGUUUCAAUAAAUUUUAUUAAGAGCGAUUAUUAGUUUAGUUUUAUUAGUAAUCGGAACAUCAGGAGAAAUCGGUGCAUUUAUUUUUUUUUUAAGGAAUUUUCUUAAUGGAGUUAAAAAUCUUGUCCUACAACAUCAAAGGCCUUGAAGAAAAACUUUCAAAUCAGUUUUUUUUCGACUACAUUGAUGGCUUUCAUAUAGUUUUUCUACUGGAAACGCAUGUUGAAAAUCCGAAAGAAUUGAAAGAGAAAUUAUUUAAAAAUUUCACAAUAUACUGGAAACCAGCAGUUAAAGAGAAAAGUCGCGGAAGAGCAUCAGGCGGAUGUAUGUAUGGCAUUAAAAACGAUUUAAAAUUAGCAGGAAUUACGCAUAAGUUUAUCCGAGAUGAUGAAAUUUUGAAAAUUUCGACAAAUACGUUAACGAUUACACUCAUUCCGCUGUAUAUGAGAGGAGCCAAUUGGGACGAACACUUCAAUAAGUUAGAAAAAUGUCUUAAGGGACCACCAACUGUAACUAAUCCCAUUAUAAUGGGCGAUUUAAAUAUUCGAAUAGGGGAAUUGACACCCAAGUUUCAAAAGAUCGUACCACCUAUGAAUAUUGUCCGAAAGAGAAGGAUAUCAAAGGAUAAGAAGAGUUCAUCCCAAGGAAGGAAAUUUAUCGAUUUAUGUAACGAACACAAAUUAAUUGUAACCAAUGGUGCCGUUGAAGGUGACUUGGAUGGAGCUAUAACAUUUUCCAGUCCCGUGGGCAGUUCUGUUAACGACAUAUGCGCCUUGUCAUACAAUUUGCUUACAAAUAUUACAAAGUUUUCAGUAGAGGAAAUAGAAGGAUCUGAUCAUUAUCCUAUAAUACUAGAACUGAAUCUGGGGGGAAGUGAUGGGAAUGUUGUUAAGAAAAAUGAAGAACACGAACAACAGAGUUAUGAAAACGAAACAAGAUUGAAGGUAGAGAAGGUAAAGCUUAAAGAUAUAAGUACCACCAAAACCUACCGAAAUAUCGGUUCAGAUUUAUGGUUAAGAAAAUUACCCGACUUGUCAGAAGUAUUUGGUAUACAAAACGAGGCAUUGGCAAAAAAUGACUUCACAGGUUUAUCAAAGACUUACUCCGCUCUUGAUACUGUAUAUAACCUUGCAGCUAUUGUGCAUUUAAAGUUUGAAGAAAAUAAACGAGUCUACGCUUUAUUUGUUGAAAUUAAGAAAGCAUACUUAUCCGGCGGACCUGUUAAAUCCAAAAAAAGAGCGAACUAUGAGGAACGUUUCGAUGAGUUCAUGAAUGAUGUGAGCGUGCAUUUAAAAGGCGGCCUUUCCAUCCCAGGUAAGCGUAAGCGGAUAAAAGUUCUACUUGGAAAGGAAAUGAUUAUUUUAGCCGAGGACGCGGCGACUUUACAAGUUAUGAUAAAUGAUUUUUGCGACUUUGCUGAAACAAAAACGGUACUUAUAACUCCUGCCUUCUGCAAAAUUAUGAUAUUCAGGCUAAGUGGUAACAGAAAGCGCAACGAAAAGUGGAUAUUGCAAGAUAAAGAAAUUGAUGUACUAUCACGAUAUUCUUACUUACAUAUGCUUUUGACUUCGAAAAUGGAUUUUUGUGAUCAUGUAAAAGAACUUUGCAGCAAAGUUAGGACAAAGUUAAGACCAUUGUUUCACGAGAAGAACAUAUGUCCGAAAAUGCAAUAUGAAAUUUGCUUGAACAUGUGUAAGAAGGUUUUCGUUUGUUAUUCUCAAUGUUGGGCUUAUAACGAUUAUGAAGAGAUUGACAGAUUGCAAGCAUAUCUUAUAGAAAGUAUUCUUAAAUUGCCGCGAGAGCCAAGAGCUCCUUUACACGCUCUCCUUUUAGAAACUGGCAGUGAAAAUUGGUCUCUCUUCAAACUCGAAGGCCAUUUAGAAUAUAUUACCCGUGUCCUCUAUAAACAACGCAAAAAUAGCUUAACGUACGAAUUGAGUUUAUUACUAGUGGAGCGUAAAAUUUUAUGGGCUGAAACUCUGUCAUGGAGUCCGAAUGUUCCUCUUGAAAAUUGGUUGAAAACCUGUCGCUUAUUAAUCGAUGAACGAAGAGAGAAAUAUAAAGCUAAAUAUUUGCAAUUACAACAAACGGUCAACGCAUUUUAUAAAAACUUGGAUUAUUCUAAGGGACAAAGUUAUAUGUUUAUGGCCGAAAAUCUAACUAUUCCUGCUAUAAAAUGGAUCUUUAAAGCUCGUUGUGACUUGCUGCACUUGAAUAAUUCAUAUUUGUCCAAAAAGCGGUACAAAUUAUGUCAGUUAUGCAAAACGAAAGCUCUUGAGAAUAUACAGCAUUUUGUCGGUUUCUGCCCGAGUUUAAACGAUAUACGGAAAUUAUACUUUGGAACUGAAAUAUUUUUAGAACAACAACAAAUAAUUGAUGUAUUAAAUGGUGCCCAUGGCUGGAAUGCUUUAAGCAAUUAUCUGCACUAUGCUUGGGAAUAUCGAUGCGAGAGUGUACGCUUUAAGAAAGUAUGAUUGUCGGUUCGUAGCAUAUAGCAACGAUGGUUUAUGCGUGAAAAUAGUCACAGGCAGGUUUGGUUGCUUGAAACGACGAAUGAUUGCAGUUAUUGUCGAAAAGAAAGAUCGUUUAGAAAAAUCGUUUCAUUUGAUGGCCAUCAGUCUAUUAUAAAUUGCUUCCUAGAUGUUCUUGUGACCGCUUGCGAGAACCAUUGUUAUAAUGGAUGCCAAUUGGGACUUGUUCGAGAGGAAUGCAAAUUAUGAUGACGCAUUUAAAGAAUUCCCAAACGUAGCCAUUAAUUGUUCUUGCACUUACUUUAAUUUCAAAGAAGAAGCAAAGUUAGAGAACUUUAGGGCAAAACCUUAAAGUUAUUUUGGUUCGCCAUUAUUAGUUCAAGGAUAUAUAUAUAUAUAUAUAUAUACAGCAUAACUCUUCUAUUCGAAAAUAUGGACUUGCAAGAAAUCUGAGAGCAACAAAAGCAUCGCCAUAUCGAAUUAAUUCGUAAUCAGUUUUCCCAUAAUUAUGGUUCCUUUGGUAAUUAAAUAGAUAAAUGUGGGAAAGUUGUGCGUAUGUAUCGGCUGAAAAUAAGCUAAUAACUGUGACAAGUUUUUGUGACGAAUCUGAAAGCUUGCAAACAACAAUUCCAAAUCAGAACAGUUGAUAAUUAAAUUCCGGCAACAGCGCUUACCAAAUGGUGCUGCAAUAAACGACGGCCUAUAGAGACAAGACAAAACUCUGUCUUAAGAGAAAAUUAUUAAGCCCGCAAGAAACAAUCGAAUCCUUAUCCUUUAUCCUUGCUUUAUUUAUUCUCUCUCUCUCUCAUUUAAUUGGACUUGCAAAUGCAACUCAUAUUUUCGGAUGAGAAACAGAAUUUUGUAUUCUAAAGACGCAAGUUUGCAUUGCACAAAGAUUUGUAUUUGUGCAUAGAUUACAAUUAACACUAAACUUUGAUUUAAGUUAAACUAAGAUAGAGUUAACAAUAAAUGAAAAAAUCGAACUCUAUGAAAUUCUUUUAUUUAAAUAUGUAAGCGAAAUUAAUUGAUAAAAUCUUGUAGAGAAAAUUUCAAUUUCUUCAACUGGACUGUUCUCCCUUUCCUCUUUUUCCUCUUUUUUUUUUGCUCACUUUGUUUUCGCUUGAGGGGUCGAGUGGGCAAAGGAGCUCUACGAGCAACAAUGGGCGUGGCUUCAAACUUCAAGUGCAGAAGACUUUUCAAUAAAGCUGAUAGUCUUCGAUGCUAGCGCUUUAAGACUUUAGUCUUCGAAUUUAUUUCUCUGUCAACAUUAAUAAUAAUCCUAAUAACACUGAUACUAAUUCUUUAGUACUUUUACGAUGAUUGCAAUUAUUUGCUAUGAUCUCUACUCUCUUCAUUACUGGUAACAUUAAUUGGAUCGGGUGGAAGUGCCAUGUAGCGUUGAAUGAAAACUGUACUUCUCAUCAUCUAAACAAUUCCAACCAUUUCAACAUUAACUUGCAAAUCACGGUAAGAACAUCUAUUACGUGCUUUUUGUGAUAAAGUAGAUUAUUCGGUUCAAUUAAAUUGAAGGUAAAUAAUAAAUCAUUUCUGUAAUCCUAAUCUUAGUACCUUUUAGUAAAUCAUUUUGCUUGAAAAGAAAUAAAUUUAAUUAUCUCAAACGACAUUUAUGUGCGGAACAAAAGCAUGAUGAAAGACAGUUAAAAACGUAAUAGUUGGACAAGGUCAAUCAAUCAAUAAAUAACUGAAAUCAUUUCGCGUAAUACAAUAUUUAAUCACCUAUCUUGAUCAUAGUGUAUUAAAAAUUGUAUUUUGCCGCCGUACAAAAGUUUGAGUUUGAUCGCAAUCACAUUAUAUAUGGGAAGGGAUGCAAUAUAAUCUAGACUUACCAUAGUUCAUUUAUUUGACAAUUGAAAAUAAAGUUUUACAAGGGCAAUGCAAGGUCUUAUUUUCGACUGCGUCUAUCUCUAGAUGAAAAUAUGUUCAAUUGUAUUAACAUAUAACUAAAAUCCUCACUCGCAAGCUGAGUAUAGGUAGACGGAAGUAAUGGUCUUUGAAAGAUGUUCUCUGAUCCUGUAUAUCUUCACACAGCUUCCAUCCUUAGAUGAAAUUAAAUCGAAUUGCAUUAAUAUAUAAUCAAAAUAUCGACCCAAAAUAUCCAAAAUACAAAGGGGAUAGAUCGACGCACGGUUGGUACAAUCAAAGCUGGGUCACUUUCAAGUUUUUCUGAGUAUUGCAGACAUUCGCACAACUCUUACGACAAAUGGCCAUAGAGUAAAAUUGUCUGCAAAUAGAAGGAAAGGGGAAGUUUGGACAUUUAGUUAUAUCCACCACCGAAGAGGGUAUGUGUAUUCGUUUCCUCGCUUGUAACUUAUUAGAAGGAGCCUUCAGUGACCCUAUUGUGAUUCAUGAUCAGCAAAAAAUCCAGAAGCAAUUUAAGCAUGUUCGCCUGUUCGCCUACCGGUGUGUGUAGUGUCUGCGGUCAACAUUUCCUCGAUCCCAAAAGUGAAGCUAUCGAUUUCAAAUUAAGCAGAGCCCCUAGAAGGUCUUGCACGCGGAGCCAAACUGUUUAGAGAAUAUGCGCACAGUACAGUUUAAGCUCAGAACAACACUAGUUUUGAGCAAAGAAAACGGUUUCCCAUUAUUCCUAUCCUCAAGUAGAUAAAACAUUAAGAAUUUUCACGUCUAUUCAAUGCCUGACUCUAUAAAGUCUGUACA